AUGUUCGAAGAAACAUCUUUACAGGCAGCGAAGUCAGAGCGUGAAGGAAUACUGCCUAGAGAAAAUACCGUGGAACUUUACGAUGAGAUGACUUCAAUUUUGCAGGACAUUAUAGAUUUAAAUAUGAAUUCAAACAAUGUUUAUAAAUUUCUCCGCAAUAAAGGAUUAGACAGAGUUGUAGCCCCAUGCCUUCACAUAUCAUAUACUCCACUAAGACGACUUCUUUUGAUCCUUACCAAGCAGUUAUUCGAUAUUGCUCCUACUACAGCUAAAGUUGCAAUUCCUAUUAGCGUCGUUGACAGUCUUCUUGAAAUACUUGAAAAAGAUGAUAACGUAGCCAUCAAAGCGUAUGUAAUUGAUAUUCUUUAUUUAUGGUUGCCUGGUAAUGUAAAAGUGCAAGUGCGUGUGAUGAAGUUGAAAGGGUUGGAUAUGUUCUACAAUCAAAUUAAGAAUUUGGAUUUCACAGCUAUUCACACUUUACUUAAUCUGUUUAAUAAAAUUUUGGAAGAACAUAUAGAAGUCAAGAGCGGAUAUGCGCAGAAAACAAAAGAGAACACCGAGGAUUUGGUUUUGUAUCAAAGGAUUGGUUUGUUGGAGCGUAUGUCAACCGCACACGUAUGCAACGGAUUGCUCAAUAUAUUUGAGACUUCGUUACCAUUACUUUCGAAGACCGAUCAAAUCAUGCCUCCGAUUUUCGAAUUGGUGAAAAUGAUAAAACCAUUUUGCUUAAAGUUUUUUAAAGGCAAAUCCAAACCACUUGAAAUAUUUGAAAAACUGUUCAAACUUUUAGAAGACAAGAGAAGUGUAAAGUUUGAGGAAUUACAUAAAAUAAAUAUGACUGAUAUUCAUGAAGUAUUAGACCAGUAUGUUCAAGAGCUAAAAAGUGCAAUUUCUAAAGAUGAGCUGUGA